GCUAAAGAGUGGAAAAAAUUCUUUUUUUCCGCUCAUUGACUGGCUGACCUUGGGAACAGCGAACGCCGUACUCGGUCAUCACUGGCCAUCCCGCCCAAUCCACACCUUGUUGCGUACCGCCUCGCCUCGCCCGGUGCUAUUUUUUUUUUACUUCCAGUUUUUCCUUACAUAUACUCUUGGCCUACCGUCCAUCUUCCCAGUCCAUCUUUGAACUGUGACUCAACUUGCUCAAACCUCCGUCUAUAAAUCCCACCAUUAUCCCGAGCUUCGAUCAAUCCAUCCUCGAACAAUCCACUCUAGUAUACGACAUACGGUGCAUGAACAUAAAAAAAUGUGCCCUACUCCUGACGUCCCGGCCUCCAAUGGCCACGCCAAUGGCACCAAUGGCCAUGCGAACGGCAAUGGCGCUGCCAACGGUACCAACAAGGCUGACCACCCCGGCUACACUGCCAUUCCUACCAAGCAGAAGCACAGCAACCCUUACCAGCCGGUCGGCGACUUCCUCAGCAACGUUGACCGAUACAAGAUUAUCGAGUCCACCCUGAGAGAGGGCGAGCAGUUCGCCAACGCCUUCUUCGACACCGAGACCAAGAUCAAGAUUGCCAAGGCCCUCGAUGACUUUGGAGUCGACUACAUUGAGCUUACCUCGCCCGCUGCCUCUGAGCAGUCCCGCAAGGAUUGCGAGGCCAUCUGUAAGCUCGGCCUCAAGUCCAAGAUCCUGACUCACGUCCGCUGCCACAUGGACGAUGCCCGCCUCGCCGUCGAGACCGGUGUUGACGGUGUUGAUGUCGUCAUUGGCACCUCUUCAUACCUCCGCGAGCACUCCCACGGCAAGGACAUGACCUACAUCAUCAACACCGCCAUCGAGGUUAUUCAGUUCGUCAAGUCCAAGGGCCUCGAGAUCCGUUUCUCUUCCGAGGACUCAUUCCGUUCCGACCUCGUCGACCUUCUUUCCGUCUACAGUGCCGUCGACAAGGUUGGUGUUCACAGAGUUGGUAUUGCCGACACCGUCGGCUGCGCCAGCCCCAGACAAGUCUACGACCUUGUCCGCACUCUGAGAGGUGUCGUCAGCUGCGAUAUCGAGACUCACUUCCACAACGAUACUGGAUGCGCCAUUGCCAACGCCUACUGCGCGCUCGAGGCCGGUGCCACCCACAUCGACACCUCCGUCAUCGGUAUCGGUGAGCGCAACGGUAUCACCCCUCUCGGUGGUCUGAUGGCUCGCAUGAUCGUCGCCGCCCCCGACUACACCAAGUCCAAGUAUAAGCUCCACAAGCUCAAGGAGCUUGAGGAUCUCGUUGCCGAGGCAGUCGAGAUCAACAUUCCCUUCAACAACUACAUCACCGGUUUCUGUGCCUUCACCCACAAGGCCGGUAUCCACGCCAAGGCCAUCCUUAACAACCCUAGCACAUACGAAAUCAUCAACCCCGCCGAUUUCGGUAUGAGCAGAUACGUCCACUUCGCAUCAAGAUUGACUGGCUGGAACGCCAUCAAGUCGCGUGUGGAGCAGCUUGGUCUCACCAUGACCGAUGCUCAGGUCAAGGUUGUCACUCAGAAGAUCAAGGCCCUGGCAGACGUCAGGCCAAUUGCCAUUGACGAUGCUGAUUCCAUCAUCCGUACUUUCCACUUGAACAUCACGGAGGGUGAGGAGAAGCCGCUGUUGCCCAACUUGACCGCCGAGGAGCAGGCCAAGUUCGAGAAGGCGGAGAGAGAGCUUGCUGGCGAGCCUGAGAAGCGUGCUUUGGAUGAGGCUGCCGCGGAGCCCGCGGCUAAGAAGGUUAAGGCGUAAAUUUUUUUCACAUUUUCGGGAUGCAUAUGGGACACCAAAAAAUGGGGCAUCUGCUUGUACAAUCAUAGAGGGGAGAGCUACAAAAGUGUUUAGUUCAGAUACCUCAUCAACGAAG